UCACUGGCUUCCACCUGGGGCCGUGCGCCUGGGACCUUUAUAAAGGGAAGAAGUUGGCCUGUCCACCCUGUGCCGGUGAGCCUCGAAGCCUGCCGGCCAUGAGGAUCUUCUACCUUCUCCUCGUGCUGCCCGUGCUGCUCCUGAUGCCCGUGCCAGGUCAGGGAGGACUCAUAAGUAGAGUACAAAGGCAUUACUGCAGAUACAGACAUGGCCGCUGCGCCGUGUCCACCUGCCUCCCCAGGGAGGAGCAGAUAGGCCACUGCUCCACGCGCGGCCAGAAAUGCUGCCGGACGAAGAAGAAAAUCUAGCCCCGUGGUGACAGUGCCGCGAAGUGCAAGAAGGCCUCCUUGAAGUGGUGGAAGCAGAAUCAAAUUAAAUAUUUCUUUUUCAAAAAAA